AUCUGGUCAGCGCUGUCCAUGUCCCAUCUAAAGCAUGUUGUCUCUACUAUGCCAGCUGGACUUGACUCAGAGGUUGGAGAAAAUGGAAUCAACUUUAGGUGAGCCAGUUUGGUUCCUGUGUAUUAUUGUAAAGACUAAAUAUUGAUAGUUUACACUGGCAACUCCAAGUUCGUCCAACUCUCCUGAAAUCUUUUUAAAGACUUCCUUUCUACUUGAAAAUUAAUGAGGCGCGUCAGUUUGAAACCUUUGUAAAAUUCAUUACAUUAUGCAAAAAUAAAGACUUUCUUUAAAAGUUUUAAAAAUAUUUUUUAUUCUCUGUUUAAUUUCAAAGUUUUUCAAUUUUUAUUUUCUCUGGGAAUAGUUUUAAGUCUGGUUAACAAAUUUUAAGUCCGCCUUAAAGCUCAUUAGAGUAUAUUAGUAUAGUUUGUUGACUUCUGGGCAUUGAGCUAUUUACUAAUUACACACAAACGAGACAAAAGUAGUGCAAUCUAAUAUAAAAUGUAAUUUACAAUCUGACAUCAACUCAUCAUUCAGUUCCGGGCAGAGACAGUUGCUCUGCUUGACCAGAGCCCUUCUUCGAAGAAGCAAGAUUCUUGUGAUGGAUGAGCCCACAUCUUCUGUGGACAUAGAGACGGAUAGUUUGGUGCUCAAUACAGUCAGGCGGGUGUUCAAACACUGUACGACCAUCACCAUUGCUCAUCGUAUUCACACCAUCCUAGAUUGUGAUAGGUAAGUCAAAAUAAAUCUCAUUAGUUUGUUCCACACUUUUUGACAGUGCAAUUAAACAUCUAAAAUAUUGAGUAAGCUCAAAUACUACACUGAUUCUUGAUAAAUAUUCCUUGAAACUAUAACUGUGCAAUAAAAAAAUAAUGAUAUUUGAAAUUGUGUUUAUUUUCCAAGCAAAUAUCUCUUUGAGCUUUUAUAAUGUUAGUCCCACUCUCUGUCACUGAUAACAUGGAAUGCUAUCAUUGAUCAAUUCACUAUAUUUCAGGGUUUUGGUCCUAGACAACGGCAAUAUUGUAGAAUUUGACAGCCCCCAAGCUUUGCUCAAUCAAGAGGAUAGUCGCUUUUAUGGCUUGGCAAAAUCUGCAGGAGCUAUGUAG